AUGAUCAAUGUCAAUCAAAUCAAGACAAAAAAAUAAAUAUAAAAGGAAAUUUUUCGUGUCGGUCUUAUCGGUGUUUAUAAAUUUCUACAAGUAUGGAAGGUGUUCAAAUUAUAACCCAAGAUUUCGUGAACGUCCUCAUAACCAAGUCGGACAAGGACGACACACCUCCUGUGGAGCGCCGGUUUAAGAAAGACAUCACCGUUCAAGAGUUUAAGACCAAACUGGAACUGGUGACAGGAGGCUCUGCAGCAUCUAUGAAACUCAAAGUGUAUGAUGCUAAGAACAACUAUGUGUGUGACAUAGACAAUGAUGCAGCUCUGCUUGGCUCCUAUCCUAUUGAUGACGGCAUGAGGAUACAUGUCAUAGACAACUUUGCACUUGUUAAGGAUUUUGAAUCAUCAGAUGCAGCAGAAAGGUUUCGAUUGUCGGAGGAGGAAUAUGGUAAAAAAGAUGACACCCUCCGCUCAUUCCUGCAACGCAACAAGCUGGGCAAGUACAACGAGGAGGAGAUGAACAAGUUGAAGGAGCAGCAGCAGAAAGAGUUGGAGGAUGAAGCUAAGCUAGCGGAGGCUGUGCUGGUGGGCGCGCGCUGCGAGGUGCGCGUGCCGGCGCAGGGCGCGCGGCGCGCCACCGUGCGCUACAACGGGCCGCUGGAGGGCGCGCGCGGGCUGUGGAUCGGGGUGCAGUACGACGAGCCGAGGGGCAAGAACGACGGCUCUGUGAACGGCAAAAGAUACUUCACCUGCCCGCCUAAGUAUGGAGGCUUUGUGAAGCCCAUGUAUGUGACAGUGGGAGACUUCCCUGAAGAAGAGCUGGACCUGGAGGACGAGAUAUAGACCUCACUUGAGGCGCGCGGAGGAAUGCUUUAAAUAGUCAUUAAGUUAGUUGCAGCGGCGUCUGUAUCUGUGGAUACCAGUAGCGAGGGUUGAAAUUUUGUAAUAAGUAACCUGAUCAUGUGUUUUAGCUAAGGCGUUUCUUGUACAGAUUGUAGAAAUUCUGUCAUAAUAUGAUGUAUCUAUUUCGAGCGUAUACAAUAUAUAACUAUAAUGAAUAUGUUCGAAUAUGUAUGGAUUUUUAAAAGGUAAGCCGCUAGGAAUUCAGUUUUGAGAAUACAUUGCCCCUGGUGGGUACAUAAUUUGAGAUUGAUCACUGUGUUCAAUUUCCUUGAUCUGUAUUCUUUUUUUAAGUUGAUAACGUCAUAAAUUUAUUAAAAUUUAAGUCCCAGUCUCGAAGCUAUACAUUUUAUUAGAUAGAUAGACAUAAGAAAAUGAUUGAUAGCUCGACUACUCAGUUGAUAACGCAAGGCUUCGGCCGUGGCUAGUUACCACCCUACCGACAAAGACGUAUCGCCAAGCGAUUUACCGUUCCGGUACGAUGUCGUGUAGAAACAGAAAGGGGUGUGGAUUUUCAUCAUACUCAUAACAAUUUAGCCCGCUGCCAUCUUAGAUUACAUCGUCACUUACCAUUAGGUGAAAUUGUAGUCAAGGGCUAACUUGUAAAGAAAAAAAAAACAGUGUAUAUUAAGAUGUAUACAUCUCUAUAACGACUGUGUUGCCAGCUCAACACGCCGCUGCAAACGCGAGAAUUUUUUAUAAAUUUUUUUCAAGAUUAAAUUAAUUAGGUGCUUUUAACAUAAUCAUAGAUUGUAUUGUUUUGUACUGUUUAGCUAUAUUUAUAAUUAUUAGUAUUGUCUAGUUAUUUUAGUGUGUAAUUCAUAUUUAAUAUUAUAAUUUAGGGGGCUGUCCUUAUGGAUAUAAACGCCAGUUUCAGAAAGUGGCAAAUCUUCUCACUGUCGAGUAGAAGGAAGGAUUUAUUAAUAAAACCUAUUGUUCAAUAAUAAUAUAGAAUACUUAUAUUAAUAUUCUAUCCUGAACCACGACAAUGUUUUUUUGAGUAGAUACAAUGCAUUGGUAGUCCCAUACAUUCGCCUCCACAAAAUUUAAAUAUACAAAAAAAUAUGUUACCUAUUUUUUUAAACUAAGACUUAUAAAAACCUUUACUCUCAUAAAAUUUGGAAACUCCAAAGUUAUAGUAAAUGGUUA